AUGGCCUUGUCUCAGAGCAGGGCUGGCCAGAUGCCGUGCAGCAGCAAGGUGUGCAGAAACCUCUUUGGCCCCGUGGACCACCACCAGCUCCAGAAUGACUUUGAGGACCUGUUGAGGCAACACCUGGAAGAAGCUCAGCAGCGCUGGAAUUUCAACUUUGAGACGGAGACUCCUUUGGAAGGACAGUUCAAGUGGGAGAGAGUCUUCCUUGCUGAGCAGCCACCCCAGGAUGUCCACAGCCUGGCCGAGGCCACCAGCAGUGAGAGCAGGAGCUCCUUGGUCCACAAGGUCCCCUCCACAGACCGUCUUGGCACGAUUUGCCCCAAGGGGUCUCAGCAGAGCUCAGAGGUUUACAGGGCUGGUUCUCUGCAGAGCUUGAAACGUGGGCAGACCACCAUCAAGGACUUCUACAGCUCCAAGCGGAGGAUCGUCCCAGACAAGCCCAAGCCGUGA